GAAAAAUGAAACCUGUUAAAAUUUUUACUGGCUCAAGGGUCAGAUUCUCCUUCAGAUCUAGCACAAAGAGUAAUAGUCAAACUCCAAGAAGUACAUCAAAUGAGAGUGAUGAAAAAGCAGAGAAUCCUCAGUCAAUUUCAGGAAAAAUGACAAAGAACUUCUCUCAGCCGCUAUUUCUUCCAGGCAAAAAUUCUCGAACUACUAAAAAUCUAGCAAAACAUUCCAUUGGUCUUAAAUCUAUCAAAUUUCAGCCUAAAGGGAUAUCUAAAAAGACAUUAUUCAAGAGGAGGAUCCUUGCCCAACCCAAACCAAAGACUAUAAGCCUAAUGGAACGAUGCAAGAACGAGGAAUUCAAAUAAAAUGUUGCUUAGGUAUGCGCCUGAGAUUAGAAACCUUAUUAACCAACAGCACUCUGACCUUCCUGUCAUACCAGAUUUUGUAAAACAGAAAUAAAUUUAAAAAGAGGCAGAUAACGAGAUCUUCUUAUUUAAGAACUACCUUCACUGAAUCAGACGAGGAUUUUCGCAAGAUUCGUGAGAUCUGACUCCUUGGUGGCCGCCUAAACCAGCCUCCUCCCAAAAUUUUUACAUUCUGAGUGCAAAAAUCAACGGAGCGGUUAAACAGAGUCCUAAAAAUCCAACCAAUGAGCACCAAAAACACCUGCUGCAAAACCCUCAUCUCCAACACCACCUCCCAAUACAAAGCCGCUAUCUCUCAUUUCCAGUCCAGACCCCUCCAAAUCCUCAUCAAAAACCGCCGUCACAGCCUAACCUAACUCCAAAAAAUCCCCAAAUUUCAACUUUCCUC